ACGCUCCUCGUUCCUCCCUACUUUUUAAAAAAGCUCAUCUUGUUCCGUAGGACACCCGGUGCGGUGUGGACAGCAAAAGCUUUCGAAAGAGGAAGAAGUUACCUCCUCAAAAGCUGCCAAGGCAUCGCCACGGACCAACGUACCUUCCAUGGUCGACGUACACCGUCGGAUGGCCGCCCUUAGCCCGUCCCACGCCGCCGGCCUCCGCCGCCUCUCCGUCCGCGCGGCCACAGCGUCCCACGCCGCCGCAACUCACCGCCUCGGCAUCCUAUCCCUCCGCCCCAUCGCCGAGGGCGUUCUCUCCCACCUCCGCGCCGCCUCCGUCCCCCUCUGCCCAGGACUCUCCGAGCCAGAGCUCGCCUGCCUUGAGGCUGACCUCGCCUUCUCCAUCCCCCCGGACCUCCGCGCGCUCCUCGCCCUAGGGAUCCCCUCGGGCCCUGGCUUCCCGGAUUGGCGUGCGCCCGGCCCCGGUCGCCUCCUCUGCCUCCCUCGCGCGGCCGCAGCCUUCCAGGUCGCCUGCGGAACCUUAUGGCCGCGCUCCUGGGGCUCCCGCCCUGCCGACCCUGCACGGGCCCUCCGCCGGGCCCGUGCCGCUCUCCGCCGCGCACCUCUUCUCCUACCGCUCUUCGGCCGCUGCUAUAUCCCCUGCCUCCCGGCUCUCGCCGGGAACCCUGUUUUCUACGUCGACGACUCUCGUGUGUUCUGCUGCGCCCUCGACUUCGCCGACUUCUUCCAGCGUCAUUGGCCCACUUCCCCGCACGCAGAUUUCUCUUGCCCUCUCCCCAGCCUCGACGCCUGCCGUUGGAUCGAGUUCUGGAGCGACGCCGCAUCCGACCGCCGCCGCCGUAGCUCCUCUUCUUCGUCCUCCUCCUCAGCUUCGGAUGCGGUCUCCUCGUCUUCAUCGCCGUCGUCUCCUCCAGAUCCGGAGCGCUUCGUGGAGAUCCGCACCCCGAGGCUGCCGGACUGGGUCGGGGGUUACCUCGAUGGCAUCGGAUCCGUAUUGAGGCAAGGUGGGUGGGGCGAAUGCGACAUCCGUGAGAUGGUCCACGUGCCGGCCUCAAGGGUCUUCGACAGUGGCGACCAGCCGGACACGUCGUUCGCAAUCGACGCCGAGGUGGUGCUCGACGCUCUGCUGGUGAAAGCGGGCUGGUGCUCCGACUCGCUCCGCCUGGCAGGGUGGAGCUCCGACGACAUCUCCGAUGCGCUGGACCUCAAUCUCCUCCGGCCGAGGGGAAGGGAGCGAUGCUCGCCGGUUGUGAAACUACCGCCUGCGGUCGCGCUUAAGCUGGAGAAGCUGGUGGAGGCCGUGGCCCGAUCCUAACUCGCAGUGGGCAGACUCAAUCGCGGACUCUCGCCGAAGCCUCCACAAUUCUCUUUGCUGAAGUGCCCACAUUCUUCUUGCUGAUAUGUUCUCACGAUUCUCCUCAUUGAAGUCCUCUUCACCGCGCCUUUCCUCCCUCGCUGCGAUGAUUACAUGCCCUCUCUCAAAGGCACCCUCUAUACUGUUGGAGUGCUGGAUUACCUCAUUAUUUCAUACUUUUGCAAAUCUUAAAAGGUAAUCAUCUUUGCUCUUCUGUUUUGAUCUCUUCUAUUACUGAUUUCGGAUUAAAGAUAAGGCCUAUGCUCCCAGAGUGUCCUAACGCACUUUCCAAUUGCUUAUUUUGAUUUUGGAUUUGAAUAUUUUUAAAUUUUAAAAAUUUGUGUUCUAUAGAUUGUACAAGACCUUUGCUUGUGUGUAUAUUUUCAAUCUUAUCAAACUAAGAAUGACACUAAAAAUAAGUAAGCCCGAUGAGUCCAUAUCAUACUGUCUAAGAAUUUUAACUCCUCUGAAAAGCAUUGAUGUAACUAUAAUCCUUGUUAAAGACAUUUGAAUAUAGAUACAAUUUCAUAUUAAGAUAAA